UGGAAGAACCAUAACAUCAGGCUCUUCAUGUUCACCGGAGCUGGCGGCCGUCACUGUUGCCUGUACUGUAACAUCAACAAGGACAACAUGUGGCUGCCCCGUGGAGAAAGACCACCAUCCCAGCAGAGAACUCUGGAGUCCCUGAACCAAGACCUCCACAGAUUUAAGACAGCUGGUUCCAAUAUCUCGAAAGCCGAACAUUUCAACAACGUGAUUAACGAGCCAAUGUUUGCCAUCCCACUGACACAGGUCUGCCCAUCCGGGCUUCACAUCAGUCUCAGGUUAUACCUCAAGUAUUUCAACAGCUUUGAAGGUGCAGGCCACGACCUUGACAUGCAAGCGGCAGCUGUUCUAGCCGAGAAAGACCAAGGCGAUCAUGGUGCUCCGGCUCUUGGCUCUGGCUACCAAAAGCUCAUCUCCGUGUUGAAGGUGGCACAGAGGUUAGAACAGCAGGCAGAGGCGUUGGAUGAGGAGCUCAAGCUAAUGGAAGACCAACUGACUGACAUCAUCUUGGCAUUGGAUGUAUUGUUCCAUUUUAAUGUAUCACAGAAGAAGUUGACUGCUCUCAUCAAAUGGUACAAGCAAAGAGGCCUCACACCAGUAUAUAGACAGUGGUCUGGUCCAAGCAAUGCAGUCUCAGCUCUCGAUGUCGAUGGAUACAGGUACUUCGUGUCUUACAUGAAUAGAUCCAACCUGCAAGGAGAUAUCUACUCUGACAAUCCACCGGCUCUGGAGGCAGUUGUUUCUAAAUAUCGUCAUAGCCUACCCAAGGUGGAUGCUACAAAUUCUGAAGGCUUUGGGAGAAUGGUCAACGAUGGAAUGGGUUUUAUAGACAGUUGCAAGGUGCAGUUGAUGUACGAUCACCUGUGUCUAUUUGCUACAGUUGGUAUACCACAGGAUACAGAACUGCGCUUCGAUUACGGAGUCACCAACCAGCCAUGGAGAAAGGUUUGA